AUGACAGGUGGAUACACAGGGGACACAAAAUUUAAUCAAAUUAGGGUCUUUAAAGUGGAAAAUUUAUUGGUAAUAGGAUAUUCAAACGAUCAAUCAAUAACAUAAUCUGAUGAUAGUAGUCUUUCGGUUCCAUUUAUGCUGUUAAUAGACAAUAGAGGCUCAAUAUAAUGGUCAGUUAAAGUUGAGUAAGCUUAAAAUUAAUAGUUUGAAGAAAUGAGGAUAUCUUUAGACCAAACUUCUGCUAUUGCUAUUUCAUAUUAACUUGGCUUUAAUUUAUAUGAAUUUGAUAUGUCCUAUGACCAACUUUAGAUUAGCUGGCAUGCUUAGGGUGAUGGAAUGGAUCUGCUAUCAGAUAGAAACAUCGAUGUAUAGUACUGUAAAUCUACAUAAAAUGAUGGCAAAAAUUUGAUUCUCAAAAUAAAAGACGAUUUAGACUCUUAAACUUUAUAUAUUGGCUCUUUUGUAAAUUAAAUGCUCACAUACAAUCAAUAAGUAUCUAAAAUGGCUGUAUGUAAUAAUGCAACACAUGCUCACAUUUAUAUGACAAUGAAGGAGUUCUUUCCUGAUUCUAAAUAAGUAGAAUCGUUUGUUUAGUUUAUUGAGGGUAUUGAUAAUGCUAACAUAUCAGUUAUUUAAUCUAGGACAAUGAGAGCACCAAAUUUUAAUGUUUCAACACAAGAUCACUUCAUCAUUAAAGAUAUGACAAAAGACAAGAAAUUUGAAAAUUAGGUAGCAUUUAUAACUGCGAACUAGUUGAAAUACAGAGGUUCUGGCUAAUUAGAAAGGACUACAUAAACAGAAUUAAUUUAAGAGUAUGGAGCAAUAGCAUUGGAUUUUACAAAUGAAUUAAUCUUGUUAGAAAUUAAUACUUAAGAUUCUAGUUUUUACUUCAAAAAUAUGAAUGAAAUUGGAAAGACACUUACAGAUAUGGAUGACUUGGCAUUAGAUGCAAGCGAUUUAAAGUAUUAUAAUUUGAAUGCAGAUUAGAUUAUAGAAGAUUAUUGCCCAACAGGAGAAAUUAUAUGA